AUAUGUAAAAUAUUAACUAAAUUAUUGUUAACUCGUUAUAGCUGCUUCUUUUGAUGACUUUAAUACCUCUUGUAAGAGUUGACAAGUGGGUUUUUUCUGUUUCAUUUAUUAUACGCAGAACUAAGAAUGUUUACAUCAUCACCAGUUCAUUCGUCAGACUCUGACUAUUGGAAAAAGUUAGUUGUCUUUGAUUCAGAUGAAGAUCAGUGCAGUAAUGAGAGUGAAGUUUUUCUUCCAUUAUCCCUUGGUCCAUUAAACCAGAAAUCUAUUAUUAACGAUUCUGGUUUAAUGUGCGAUGAAGACCUUGAAAUUUUUGAAAGUGGAGAAGAGACAGAUGACUGUAGCACAAAUCAUGAAAUUGAUUUUGUUUCUCAUGCUUUGGUAAAAGAUACAAAUAAAGUAUUAUAUGAAGAUUUGUUAACUACAGAACCUUCUAAGUCAAACAACAGCUCAUCUGAUGAAAAGGUUAGACAACUGAACAAUUCACAUGUGAGACCAAAAAACGAAAUCAAUAAACUAUCUAAAAAAAGUAAUCCAAAACCAAAGCGACCUUGUUUUAUAUGUGGUGUGCAUCAAUUAGCACUUUCAAGACAUUUUCUAACACAUAAAAGUGAUCCUAGAAUAUGUGAGGCUUUUAAAUUGUCUAAAAUAGAGCGUCGUAAAGCAUUUGAUUCUUUUAAAAAACAAGGGAUUCAUCAGUUUAACUUAAAUGAAGUCCAAAACAGUAAUCCAAAGUUUCUAAAGGAAAGAGCACAACGUUCCAAAAAAAAUAUGCAAUCUGAAAAAUUCUUAAAUUCAAACAACUUGCUAAUGUGCUUAAAAUGCAAAGGUUUCUUUGCAAAGAGUUAUAAAACCAGACAUCAGAUAAAAUGCGGUGAAGAUUCUUGUCAAGCCUUAAUACCAUCUAUUGCAAUUGGGGAAAUAGAUAAAUAUAAUUCUUUAGACAAUGAUUUCAAGUUAAAUAUUUUAAAUGUCAUAAAUAACGAUGAAAUUGGCACGCUAGCUAAAAGUGAUAGCAUUAUUUUGAUGAUAGGAUCUCGCUUGUAUGGUAAAAUUAAAAGAAGGUUUGAUAAAAAGUUGGAGGUUGAGAAAUCGGUUAGGUGCUCAAUGCGCCGGCUUGCCAACAUUUAUAAUAGAUUUACAAUUGAAAAAACAGAAUAUCCUGCUAAAAUGUUAGCAAUUGAGCAAGGUAAUUCUGGUGAUAUGUUUUUGAGAGGAAAUAUUGACUAUUUAAAAAAAGCCAUUGAAAAUUAUACCGAUAAAGGUGAAGAUAAGAUAAAAUCUGGUUUAAAAAGUGGCAUCUAUUAUUUACUUAAGGACUCAGCUGAGAAAUGUAUGGGAUAUUACUUAAAGACAAAUCGUGAUGAUUUGUCUAAAGAAGUUUCAAAUUUUUUGUACAUAUUUGGGCUUAUGAAAGAUGAAAUUUUUUCAGACGCUGUUUAUGAUUUAAAUAAACGUAGGAACGAAAAACAUAAAAAACCUGCACAUCUUCCAAUGGAAGAAGAUAUUCAAACUAUAAGAAAUCAUAUUGUUACUACUAUGGAAAAACUGACUAGCGAAUAUGAAAUAAUAGAUAGACCUUCUUUUAUUCAAUUAAGAGACUGUGCUUGUGCUCGAUUAACUAUUUUUAAUGGCAGGCGAGGUGGUGAACCUGCAAGACUAACAAUUAAAGAAUGGGAAAAUGCUUUGAAUAAUGUAUGGCUAGACAAACAAAGAAUAAAAAAUACACUAUCUGAAAGUCAAUUAGAAGAUGGGAUGAAAAUUACUUAUCAGUCUGGGAAAGGGGUUAAUCAUUCAGUCCCUGUUUUAAUUCCAACUGAUACUAUUGAAGCAAUGAAGUUGUUAGGUUCUGCUGAUAUUAGAACUCAGGCUGGAGUUUCAGCAAAUAACAUUUACAUUUUCCCAAGUACACAAUCUUCACUUUAUCACUGCUCUGGAUGGCAUAGUCUAAAAAAUAUAAUCAAGCAACUUAACUUGAUAGAUGAAUCAAAAGUUACUGGUACAAAUAAUCGCCAUCGACUCUCUACACUAGUGGCUGGUUUAGGAGUUUCAGAUGCCCAAAUGAGUUUGGCAUAUGAUCACUUUGGGCACAGUGAAACAAUUAACAAGACAAUAUAUCAAGCUCCGGCAGCUUAUCGACAGCUUCUCUCAACAGGAAAACAUCUUGAAGCUAUUGAUCGAAAUUCCUUAAAGCAAGAUUUAAAAAAAACAAUAAAUAUUGAUAAAAAAGAGCAGAAAAAUCGGCUUGUAGAAAAACAAGAGAAGCCAAUAAAACUAGCUAAAGUUUUUUUAACUAGAUCUAAGGCAAAACUUGAGGCUAGUGUUGGAAGUAGCACUCCAAUCAGUUUGAAUAAACAAGUUCCAGAAAUUGCAAAUGAAAGUCUUGAAAAUCAUUCUUCUACUGAAUAUGAAAACAAUUCAAGCGAAUCGGAGUUUGAAUUUAAAACUAAUGUUAACCAAAUUAAUAAAACUAAAAAAAGUUUUGUCUCAGGUCGUAAAUAUAACCAAUGGGAUAACGAAAAUGAGAGUGCGUUUUUUCAAAGGUUUAUGCAGUAUGUUAGUUCAAAUAUAGGAUAUCCAAGUCGACAAGAAAUGACUGAAUUUGGAAUAAAAUACGGGUUUGGCUACGGUACAGUUAGAAAUAAAAUCACUAACGAAAGAGCAAAAAAGAUGCGAAUCGUCUCCCAAAGAAUAAACGAUAUUCAAAUGUAAUUGAAUAGAAUCUAAAACAAAAAUCAGACUUAAAAACAUUUUUAAAUAUAAAAAAGAUAAUUCUUAAGCCACGGUGAUACUUGUGUUACAAAAA